GAAACGCACAGAACAGUGAAGAGCAAAGGGAAAACGGUAUCACGAGCUCACACUUGACGGAAACGCAGAUUAAAAGGAGCGCUGCAAAAGAAUUAGCAAAGGAAAAGAUGUUUGGCAAAAUCAUUGCUGCUAAAAAUCUGUUGCAGAGAUAAAAAAAGGAUCAAAGUUCUUAAGUUUCUUUUACAACAGUCAUUGAUUUUUGCAAAUAUUUAUAUCUUUAUUUUUUGCUAUAUUUUAUUUAUAUUUUGCAAUCCUUUAUUUUUGUUUGCAAAAUUUUUUUUUCUCUCGAUACUUUAUUUGUCUUUUGUGAUACUUUAUUUUUUUUUUGCAAAACAAAUUGUAUUUUUUUGCUCAAUACUUUCUUUUUCUUUUGCAAAAAUGUAUUUUCUUUUGCAAUACUUUAUAUUUUUGCAAAUAUAUGUGGCAUGCAUUUGAUUCCAUAAAACUUCCUUUAACGUAGGGCUCCUGGGGCGAGAUUUACUGUAAUUCACACAAAUAUUUCUGUCAAAACAGGGGAUUUCAGCUGCGCCAUUGCCCCUGUAGCCCCGCCCCUAGCCCCGCCCCUGAUGGACACAUGAUAUAAAUACACGAUUACCGGCGAUGCAGAGAUGUUCUCAGAGGACGCUUCAAACUAACAAGGUGCUGUGUGCAUACUGACUAGAAGUCCACCUGACUGACACCAUGAAGCAGGAACUGUCUAUGGUGCACCCUGUAUUGGGUUUGGUCGUGGUUGGAGUGUGGUUAGGGGUCCAAAUCUACUCUCGCUAUGGGACGCGUGAGACGAACAACCAGAAGGCCUCUCCUUCACGUUUUCGCUCGCGUUCUCCUGACCGUUCAUCUGAUCAGGAUGAGGAGCGUAAGCUCAGGGAUUCCGCUCAAAAGGCGCUGAAGUCCAUUGGUUUAAAUCUGGAGCGGCAGGGUUCUAGAAGGCUAGCGGGCCGGGGCCAACAUGUCUUCAACAACGGACUCCUGGACAUACACCGCAGCGUUCUGCAGGACCUGCUGAGCGAAUUGAGAGGCUACGACCAGCUGGACAACCUGCUGCAGGACGUCAGUGCCUUCUUCAACCAAGACGAACGCAAUGCCAUCAGCAACAUGGUGGCUUACUUCAGUCUGGAUGAGUUCUAUGUGGAUUAUAAUGCAGAGGUGUUCGGUGUGUUCGUGCGGGAGCUCCGGAGAGAACUUGUGGCAUACCUCAAGGUUUAUAUAUAUCCCCCCCAAAAGGACAAGUAUACAUCUGUCUCCUACAACAGGGACCGCGCACUCUGGAGGCACAUUGAGCGUGUGCAGCACAUCGUCAGGAUGAUGGUGGAACAUGAGGUGUAUGUGGACACGAUGGCCCGUGAUCGCUGGCUGCAGAGUAACACUGGCUGCAAGGAUUUGUAUGAAAAGGUCAGACAAGCAGUGGACAAAAUGCUCAAGAACAUCAUACAGGACUUUAAAAAGGUGGCAGAUAAGAUCAAGUUAAUUUACAACAACGGGAACUGGCCGUAAGGGUCACAGAGAAGAGCCACACAUAUACACACUUACUCACUCACACUCUCUCUCUCUCUCUCUCUCUCUCUCUCUCUCUCUCACACACACUCUCUAUCUCUCUCGCUCUCUGUGUGUCUCUCUCUCUCUCUCUCUCACUCACACACACACUCUCUCUCUCUCUCUCUCGCUCUGUGUGUGUGUGUGUGUGUGUGUCUCUCUCUCUCUCUCUCUCUCACACACACACUCUAUCUCUCUCACUCACACACACACACUCUCUCUCUCUCUCUCUCGCUCUGUGUGUGUGUGUGUGUGUGUGUGUGUGUGUGUGUGUGUGUGUGUGUGUCUCACACACACUCUCUCACACACACUCUAUCUCUCUCGCUCUGUGUGUGUCUCUCUCUCUCUCACACACACACACUCUCUCUCACACACACACUCUAUCUCUCUCGCUCUGUGUGUGUCUCUCUCUCUCUCACACACACACACUCUCUCACUCUCUCUCGCUCUCUGUGUCUCUCUCUCUCUCUCACACACACACACACACUCUCUCUCUCGCUCUGUGUGUGUCUCUCUCUCUCACACACACAUUCUCUCUCUCUGUGUGUGUGUGUGUGUGUGUGUGUGUGUGUGUGUGUGUGUCUCUCUCUCUCUCUCUCUCUCUCUCUCUCUCUGUGUGUGUGUGUGUGUGUGUGUGUGUGUGUCUCUCUCUCUCUCACACACACACACAUUCUCUCUCUCUCUCUCUCUCUCUCUGUUUCAAUUUUUCAAAUUUAAAGUACUUUAUUGGCAUGAUUGUGUGUACAUACAAUAUUGCCAAAGUAUUAAUACACAAAACAGAUAAUGACAAGACCAAUAAUAUUAAUAAAACAGUAACAAAUAACAAUAAAAAUCAGAAUUAAAAUAAGGUGCCAGGUAAUGAAUAAAAUAAAAUAAAAACUAUAAUAAUAAUAUACACUAUACAAUAUAAAAUAAGCAUUUAACAAGACAUUAUGAACAUAAUAUAAAUACUGUGACUGAAGUACAUUAAGGCAGUGAUUGGUUUCUGAGGGUGUGCAGCUCAAAAAUGAAUUUAACUGCAACUGAAAAAAAAAAGGGUUUUAUGCGACCCAUUUAAAAUACUUAAUCUUUUCCAAAUCUGACGCUAAAUUCCACUGAAAAGUGGCAUUUAUCUGCAACGUGCUCACCUUGAAUUAUGAUCAUUGUACAUUAAAUAUAGAACAUAACAUGCAAUCACUGAAUCAACAUUAGCGAAUAUUUAAUAGACAUAUUUAUUGAAAACAAUUGAAUGAAUAGUGCUGGAUCAAUGGAACAACCAUUAAAAGCCUGUUCUAAAUGGAAAUCACCAAUAAAAGUUACUGAACAUAUUAAAACAGUCAGGACAUUGUUGAAAAUAAUGAACAGGUAGACUAAGCCAAAUCUGUGAGAGAGAAAAUGCGCUGAAAAGUCACGUGUAUUUCAGGACGUGCAGUCGUGCAUUAACCAUUGAUCUAAUAUGACAGCUGUUCAGUAAAGAACGUUAACCAAUAACAGUUACGAUGUAGAAAAAAGUAGCUAUAGGAUAGAAAUAUAUAUGCCUGUGAUGUAGCCUACAAUAAUCCUAAUGUACUCUAAACAUGACGUGCACACAGAAUAACAGAUAGUUUAACACGUUCAGCAGUCGGCACUUCGUUGAAAAUAUCCUUCUUAAUCAGCAGAUUAAAAAAAUGGCAUACCUAGUCUAAAACAGUUAUUUUCUAGGCUUCUUACUCAAAAGUAUAAAUGUUUUGAUGAGUAAAAUUAACCUGUGGACAUGGUCCGGUGAAAGACGGGACUUGACUCACCUGAGGCGAUUAUCCUGCGCUUGAUAAAGUCCGCUCAGUGGAAACAUAACAUACAACAUGCACAGAUGUAAAGAAGACUCAUGUGAAAACAUCCACAGGGACUUUCAAACAUUUGGAAAGCCGAUUCCCGCACCACCGAAGUGAUUUCAUUACUACUUUGCUGAGUUUGCUUGUGUAGCGAGAGGAUAUUUUCCUGCAUGCGCCGCGAGAGAGAGUUUAAGACGCACACGCAGCAUGAGGUGAAAUUAAACUCUGUAUCUGCUCCAGAUAUCCUCUUCUUUAAUUAAUAUUUGUAUUAUUAAUCCUAUUUAAAAUAUGUCACAUUAAUAUGACAGUAAUUUAAGUGCAGCCUCUGUAAAAAUAUAAAGCCAAACAUAAAUGUGUAAAAAUGAUGAUCAGUUUAAUGGGGGGAAAUAUUAACCGACUAGUAACUCCAGUGUCGACUAGCAGCAUCAGAACCGUUUAAUCGACUAGUCUCGCACAUCACUAAUCCAGACUGUGAUCAGUGAGUCUGUAUUUGGUGAGGAUCCGUCUCUGUUUUGGAUCUCUUACAGUGUGGAGAUAUUCUGCUAGAUUAUACGUUCUGUUUAGGGUCCGAUAACAUUCCAGUUUGCUUUGGUUUUUACUUUCAUUUUCCUAAUGGUCCAAAUAUGAAUUUGUGCUUUCUUUUAUGAUUUGGUUUAUUGUGAUUUGGUUUUGUUCAGCAGUGCUGGUCUGAAACUGGUGUUUGUUAGUUGUUAGUGUGUUUGUGAGUUUCAGAGUCAGCUGAUAAAGGGGACUGGUUUUAGGCUUCAGCUCUUGGGUUUUAAGGGCUUCAUGUUGCAGUGUGUUAGGGGAACUUGAAUUUAGGUGUGUCCAGAAUUUGAGGGAUCGUUUUUCAAUAUGUAUAAUUAGGGGGUAUCUGCCUAGUUCGGCCCGGCAUGCAUUAGUAGGUGUUCUUCUCUGAACUCUUCGAAUGUUUCUACAGAAUUCUGCAUGCAGGGAUUCUAUGGGGUGUUUGUCCCAUCUAGAGUAAUCUGUCAGACAGAGUGGACCCCAAACCUCACAUCCGUACAGAGCAAUAGGCAUAAUAAUACUAUCAAAGAUUUUACUCCAAAUUGUUACAGGAAUGUCUAUUUGGAUAAAUUUGCCCUUAAUAGCACAGAAUGCUCUUCUAGCUUUCUCUUUUAGUGCAUUCACUGCCAGACCAAACCCCCCCAAAGCACUGAUUUUAAGACCGAGGUAGUCGUAGUGUAGGGUGUGUUUCCCAGAGUGAAUGUGUAUCUGGAUUCCUGUAAUCUGGCUUUUUUCUGGAAGAUCAUAAUUUUAGUUUUUUUCAGAUGGACUGUCAUGGCCCAGUUCUGACAGUAGUUCUCCAGCAGGUCCAGGUGCUGCUGUAGUCCUUGUGCAGUAGAUGACAGCGGCACCAGAUCAUCUGCAUAGAGAAGAACUUCAGAGUUAUUUGGAGUAAGACCGGGUGUUGCAGAUUGUUCCAGUAGCACUGCUAACUCAUUAAUGUAAAAGAUGAACAGAGUUGGACUCAAACUGCAGUCCUGUCUCACUCCACGCCCUUGAGUGAAGAAUUCUGUUCUUUUAUUGACAAUUUUAACCUCCGCACCUGCUGUCUCUCACUGUCUCUCUCUCUCUCUCACACACACACACACACACUCACACUCUCUCUCUCUGUCACACACACUUACACACACACACACACACACACUCUCGCACUCUCUCACACACACUCACACACUCUCUCUCUCUGUCACACACACACGCACACACACACUCACAUACACACAUACUCUCUCUCUCUGUCACACACACAUACACACACACAUACUCUCUCACUCACAUACACUCACACACACUCUCUCUCUCUGUCACACACACAUACACACACACACACACAUACUCUCUCACUCACAUACACUCACACACACACACACUCUCUCUCUCUGUCACACACACACACACACACACACACACACACACACUCACACUCACACACACACACAUACUCUCUCACUCACAUACACUCACACACACACACACUCUCUCUCUCUGUCACACACACACACACACACUCACAUACACACACACAUACUCUCUCACUCACAUACACUCACACACUCUCUCUCUCUGGAGUAUGACCAGUUUUUGUCAUAGGCCACAGUUAUUAAGCAAAUGCAUUUGUCAGCCAAUGCCUCUGCCACAGCGAGUGUCUGUGCUCAUGUCAUCAUCAUGCCCCUGGAGGUUAAAUGUCACUUAUAAUUUGUUGAUAAUCCUCUUGAAAUAUGUGACGGUGCAUUCUUGAUAUUUUGUAUUUAGGGUUGAGAAAAGUAUGGAAGUUCUGAAUGUAAUAUUAACCAUAAGAGAUGAGGUGAAGCUGCCUUCAGACAUUUACUGCAAAAAUGUCAUGUUUUAUUACAUUUGACCCUUUACUGUCGUUCUUGUUGUUUUUGUGUUUGUUGUAUUUUCAUCUGAAUGUUUCCUUUAAAUAAAUGUUUAGACUCUGACCUGUGAAAUACUUUGAUUUUAUGUAUGACAAGCUAUACAAAUAAAAACUAUAAUUAUUAU